CACUUUUUCAACUUUCCCAGCUGCUCAACUCCUUUUAUAUAGACUCGUGCAUCGCACUUGUUAAAGACUUCUCAGAUUCUUGACAUUUUCUCAUCUCCUUUCUAUUCUAUCUUCAUCAUCCCAUUAAAAUAAACGACUGAAUUUCCUUGGAUUUUUAUUUAUGGAUAGAGGAUGGGGUCUUACCCUCGAUAAUUCCGAUCAAGUUGGGUUUUUCGCUAACAAGCCGGUUUUCGGAGUUGACUUGAGUCCUCGCCGGAGCACCGGAUUGACUAUGUUCCCGGGUCGUGGAGAAGAGUCGCCGGAGCACCGGGAGGUGGACUUCUUCGCUGAGAAGAAGGUCAAGAAGGAAAAUUCACAGGCUGAAGCUUCUGCCGCCAGAGAUUUCGAUGUUAAUACUGGUUUGCAACUUGUGACUGCUAAUACCGGAAGCGAUCAAUCGACGGUGGACGAUGGGGUGUCUUAUGCCGGCGAAGAUAAGAGAGCCAUGAAUAAUGAGGUUGCGCAGCUUCAAGUUGAAUUGGAGAGAAUGAAUGGUGAGAAUCAGAGGUUAAGAGGCAUGCUUGCUCAGGUGAGGAGUAACUACGCAUCGAUGCAGAUGCAUCUCCUCACGCUGAUGCAGCAGCAGCAGCAGCAGCAACACUCUAGAGGCGAUAUCACCCAAGAAGAAGAGGUGAUAGAGAGAAAGGAGAAUGGAGGAGCAAGGCAGUUCCUGGAAUUGGGCCCCGAACAGUCAAACUCGUUAUCGGAGGAAAGAACAGUGUCAGGAUCACCUCAAAACAAUCUGGAAGUGAUCAGAAAUAAGAAAACCGGCCGGGAGGAGAGCCCCGAGUCCGAAAGCUGGGCCCCCGGCUCAAAGGCUCCCCGAUUGAACCCCACCAACACCAACACCAAUCAACCAUCAGUCGAGGCUACGAUGCGGAAAGCCCGUGUCUCCGUCCGUGCUCGAUCAGAAGCUCCCAUGAUUUCCGAUGGAUGCCAAUGGAGGAAAUAUGGUCAGAAAAUGGCGAAAGGGAACCCGUGCCCAAGAGCGUACUAUCGGUGUACAAUGGCGGUGGGCUGUCCGGUGCGCAAACAGGUGCAGAGAUGCGCCGAGGACCGAACCAUCUUAAUCACCACCUACGAAGGAACUCACAACCACCCGCUGCCGCCGGCAGCCAUGGCGAUGGCGUCCACCACUUCCGCCGCCGCCAGCAUGCUCCUCUCCGGCUCCAUGCCCAGCGCCGACGGCGGAUUGAUGAAUCCCAACUUCCUCGCAAGAACAAUCCUCCCUUGCUCCUCAAACAUGGCCACCAUCUCCGCCUCAGCCCCUUUCCCAACCGUCACGCUUGAUCUCACCCAAUCGCCUAGCAACGCUCUGCAAUACCAAAGACCGCCGCCGCACUUCCAAGUCCCGUUUCCUGUCUCCACCCAGUCGCCGCCUCAAGGUUUCGGACAAGUAAUUUACAAUCAGUCCAAGUUUUCGGGUCUCCAAAUGUCCAAGGACGUUAAUGAUGCUCCACAAUUGCCGCCGCCACAGUCUCAGCCAUCCUUCUCCGACACGCUCAGCGCAGCGACGGCGGCGAUCACGGCCGAUCCCAAUUUCACAGCCGCCCUGGCGGCGGCCAUCUCCUCCAUCAUCGGGAACCAUACUCCCAACCAACCUUAACGUAAAUACCAGAUUUAAUUAGCAAGUAUUUCCGGCGAGGUGUUAAUUAAAGUCUUCAUUUGUUAUUACACGUCAUAAAUCUGUGUCAGAUAGUUUUUCUUGUGAUUUUUUUGUUGGUAUAAUAUAUGGGGUAGAAGAAGCACUGUGGAAUUAAAAUGUCCAUAUUUUUUUGUCUUUGAUUUAUUUAGGACGGAAAAAUACAUUCUUUUCCUCAUUAUUUCUGAA